GGUUAUAAUGCAGCAUUCUUUUGGACACCACACCUAGGUCGGAGCCCUGUCGUCCUUCAGGGCUCCAGCCUCUUGAUAUUUUUAUACUUCAAUAUCAGCUCCGUAGACCAAAAGAGAGAGAGAGGAGAGAGAGAGAGAGAGAGAGAGAGAGAGAGAGAGAGAGAGAAGGAGGGGUGAGAAUUAUACAAAAGAGAGAACUAAAAAUAAUUUUGAUUCCUAAGUUAAUUUGCCUGCUGAUCUGGGAUUUUAGUCAUCAUGACGGGUAAAUGGACAAUCUGCCCAGGACUGCAGCCUGAUACCAUUUUUCAAAAACCAGAAUUUAGUCUAUUUUCUAUGCUAAUGUCAGCAAAGAGAAACACCCUCUCUCCCAAGUCAGAGAAGGGAAGUGACGGCUCUCAGGUUGGGACAAUAUUAUCUGGAAGCCGAAAGAAGAAACCAAACGCUCUUCCCCCACCCGCCCUCCCCACCCUUUUCGAUCCGGAGGAAGAAAACCCCCAAGGUCUACAAAGCAAAUCUCCGCAGACCGGCUGUUGGGGAAAAAAAGUGUUAGCCGUCUCUCCGGAUCUUCGAGGGGGAAAAAAUUUGGAACCCUAAAGUUGAGAACUUUUUUCUCUCAGUUUGGAAGAAGCCGCUCAUCAUGAAUGGGACCGGCCGAGUUGGGGCGAGAGGAGGAGGCCAGAGGAGAAAAGGAGGGGAGAUUUCUCGCCUGCCGCUCGCGCUGGGGCUCGAUGUGAAUAUAUAUUAUGUCUGCCUGUUCUCCCCUCGUCGGUGGCUAAGGUCAGCCGCUCCGAACAGACCCGGGAGGAGGGGGGCAGAGAAGGGGGGGUCCGGCGCGUCACGUGACCCCCAGGGGUGCCAAUGUCCGGUCGUGAGGGUAUCAGGCCCUUGCAAGUUGCCACCCACCUCCCGGGCCUCGCCCAGCGAUGCAGAAAGCCACCUACUACGACAACGCCCCGGCCACGCUCUUCGGAGGCUACAGUUCCUACCCGGGCAGCAAUGGCUUCGGCUACGACGGCCCCCCUCAGCCCCCCUUUCAGGCCGCCACGCACCUGGAGGGUGACUACCAGCGCUCGGCGUGCUCGCUGCAGCCCCUGGGCAACGCCGCCCCUCACGCCAAGAGCAAGGAGCUCAACGGCAGCUGCAUGAGUCCCCCGCCCGGUUCACCCCCGCCCAGCGCCGCACCCACCAGUACCACUAGCAACAGCAGUAACGGGGGCGCGCCCGGCAAAAGCGGGGCCCCCAAGGGCGGGCCCGGCUCCAACACCACCCUCGCCAAGCAGAUAUUCCCCUGGAUGAAAGAGUCGAGGCAGACGUCCAAACUGAAAAGCAGCUCCCCCGGCACAGGUACUAGCUCUCUGCCUUCCUGUCACCAGCUUUUGUCCCGGGCUAGGAAUGUCGCUGUUAUUCUAGCGCCCAGCCCCUCGGCGCCCUCCAGGCGGCCCGGGAACAAUCUUAAGCGGCGGCCAAGCGCCGUCGUUUUCCCCCUCACCACCCGCGCGCGCACGGCGUACACCAGCGCGCAGCUGGUGGAGCUGGAGAAGGAGUUCCACUUCAACCGCUCCCUGUGCCGGCCGCGCCGCGUGGAGAUGGCCAACCUGCUGAACCUCAGCGAGCGCCAGAUCAAGAUCUGGUUCCAGAACCGGCGCAUGAAGUACAAGAAGGACCAGAAGGCCAAGGGGCUGGCCUCGUCGUCCGGGGGUCCCUCUCCCGCCGGCAGCCCCCCGCAGCCCAUGCAGUCCACGGCCGGCUUCAUGAACGCCUUACACUCCAUGACCCCCAGCUACGAGAGCCCGUCCCCGCCCGCCUUCGGCAAAGCCCACCAGAAUGCCUACGCGCUGCCUUCCAACUACCAGCCCCCGCUCAAGGGCUGCGGCGCCCCGCAGAAGUACGCCCCGACCCCGGCGCCCGAGUACGAGCCCCACGUGCUGCCGGCC